GCGGUGACAGUGGUCCCCACGUUACUUAGUUUCAAAAGUUGUUCUUUCUUAGUAAGGUUUAGUGUCUUGGCUUCCACAGCCUUAAGGUUAAAACCUUUAAGAUCCCGUUCGAGCCAGUUACCUCAACAGAACUUGACUAAACACAUAUUUAGCUCACUCAAAUAACCGAAGAAUGAUCACUGUUAAACUCAUCCUUGUAGAAUUCUUUAAGACAGCUUACCGAAUCUUAUGUCUGUAAAUCAUUUUUUUUCCUAAACACUUAUAGCUUUUAUUAACUCUAGCCUUAAAUAUUAAAAACAACAAAAAACAAACUCCGCACAAAUGUAGGUACUAUGAGCUUUGUAUUACAAGUUAACCAAUUCUUUUUUGGGGGGGAAUAUGAAUUUUCAUUGAUGUAAGUGUCAAGAUCGGUUCUUGUUAGCCACAAGAAACGUGCAGAAUCUUGCAGAAAACUAUAAAGCAUUUGAUCCAUUAUAACUGAAACCAAGCACCUCAGAAUCAGAAUCACAAUCAAGGUGUCUGACUGAAAUCUUCCUAAGAAUCAGACCUCGUUCUUACGCCUUCUCUGACCAUAGCAGCAGUGCAAAGAAGGUGACAGCCAUGGCUUCGGAACAACCCAGACUUUGUCACAUUUGCCUUAUCAGGACUUUAUCAAUUUUGUUAGCAUGUCUUUCUGUCGGAUUACGUGGAGAGCGACUUCGUGAUGGUGCAGAGAAAAAGGCUUCAGAAUUUAGACCAGAAAUUCUCAAAACUAGAGAUUCAGAACUUAUUGGCUGGUCUGAAUGGAGUGACUGGAGUAUGUGCUCCAGGAGCUGCGACGGUGGUGUCACCUACCAGCUGCGAAGAUGCAUUGACAAGUCAGAAUGUAAAGGCGACCCAGUAAGAUACCAUAUAUGCAAUAUGGAGGGCUGUCCAGAACAGAAGGACUUUCGAGGCACACAAUGUACAGCUUUUAAUGAUGUUCCCUAUCGUGGACAAUUAUAUGAAUGGUUGCCGUUCUACGAUUCUGAAGAUACGUGUGCUUUGACUUGUCAAGCUAAAGAAAAUGAGUUUGUCGCUAAACUUGCGCAAAAAGUUAAAGACGGCACCCGCUGCCGACAGGGGUCACUUGAUAUGUGUGUAGACGGAAAAUGUAUGCCUGUAGGAUGUGACCUUCAGCUGGGAUCGAACAAAACUAUUGAUAAGUGUGGAGUAUGCGGUGGAGACGGAUCAACGUGCAGACAGCCGAACUAUGUGUGGAAAGAGAUACACAUGUCCCCUUGCUCAGUAACUUGUGGUGGAGGAUUCUUGAUGUCAAGAGCUGUUUGUAAAAAUGACAUCACCGGAAAAGAAGUUACAGAAAUGCUGUGCGAUCCAACCGUUAAGCCUCGCCCCCAGGUUCAGAAGUGUAAUAUCGAACAUUGUCCUGCAGAAUGGAUAGCAGAAAGCUGGGAAUCUUGUAGUACGUCUUGUGGUGGCGGGAUUCAAACCCGAUCGGUCUUCUGCGCUCAGGGUGGAUCUAACGGUACCAGUAUGCGCAUCAGUGACACCUCGUGUUCACAAAAGAAACCAAUUAAUCAACGAAGUUGUAACACCCAAAGCUGUACACGUUGGACCGUAAAACCAUGGUCAGGGUGCUCGGUGACGUGCGGUCAAGGUAUGCAAACGAGAAAUGUCAUCUGCUACGAUCACAAAGGUAGUAUCAGCGGAGAGUGUGAUUACAGGACUAGGCCCGAGACGAAAAGGACAUGCACGAGCGAGAUUACCUGCCCAUUGAACGAAAAGUCUGUUCCAAAUAUCAAUCCUCAAGAAGAUGCUCCACCCGAACACUUUGGCGCACUUCCUUGGACUCAACAGAGUUUUGAUCCAUCAGAAGUUUCCAAAGAUCCAUGGUUUGUAGUAAGUGAUUGGCAGUCCUGUAGCGUCACCUGUGGUGAAGGCAUCAGACGUCGGUUCGUGGAGUGUAAGAUCUUUCUGGAGUUCUCACGCUCAGUGGCAAAUUUACCGGAUCGAGAAUGCCCAGGCCGUCGGCCUUCUGAUGUAGAGAAGUGUUUUUCACGGCCUUGCGCCUUAGAUCAGAAUAAAGACGAGGCAGACAACAGUAUCGACGAAGAAAAAAACAAAGCAGAUCGCUUCUUUGACGGAAAACAUGGCAUCCCUCUUGAUGCAACUGUCCAAUCGAGGCUAGGAGGAAAGGUUGGGAUUGAAGUUACAUAUUCGUGGCGUAAGGCUGGUUUCACGCCCUGCAGUGCUUCGUGUCUAGGAGGUAUCCAGGAAUCUAUAAUUCAAUGUAUACGAGAUCACGACCAAGCCACAGUGAGUUCUUUGCUGUGUGAUAUCAAUAAGAAACCCAGAGCCAUCACCCAAACUUGUAACGAUCACGCUUGUCCUCCUAGAUGGAACGUGUCCGAUUUCUCAGCUUGUUCUAAGCCCUGUGGGGGUGGAUUACAAAAUAGGGGAGUUCAGUGUAUCCACGAAGUGACUCGAGGGGCAGCGAAUACCCUGGUGGUUGCCAGCAGCUUAUGUCCUCAGCCUCCACCACGUGUACAACAAAUAUGUAACGUUAACGAUUGUCCCAGCAGAUGGCGUGCAGAACCGUAUAAUAAAUGUUCUAAGCGAUGUGGCGGAGGGCUCAAGACCAGAAAAAUCAAAUGUGAAAAAGAAUUAGCAUUCGGUCGUAUCGUUAGCCAACCCCCAUCCAUGUGUCCUAAAAAGCGCCCGAGAACUGAAAAAUAUUGUAAUAUAAGGAAAUGUAAUAUUGACACUGGGAAAGUUCCAUAUAUCAAAACUUCUGACCAGAACUAUGUUCAGAAAAAUCCAAUAAAGAAACUUAAACUAAAGGUCGGCGGCCAUGCAGUUCUGUUUGAAAAUACCAUCAUUAAGAUUCGUUGUCCAGCACGAAACUUCAAUAAGUCGCUAAUUAUCUGGUAUAAAGACAAACAUAAGAUUGAAGAAAGUAAGAAAUUUAAAAUCUCUCGAAGAGGUGCCCUUAGAAUUCGCCAUCUUACUCCCGAAGACAAUGGGAAAUAUUCGUGUGUCGCUGCUCCAGCCAAAGCUAACAUUAUGCUUGUUGUGAAGCCACUUCCACCCGGAUAUGACGAAGAGAAAAUGGUUGAAAAACUGAAUAACAAGAGUCAUUGUAGUAAUGCUGCGUGUUCAGUUGAAAACACUCAAAUAUCUUCCAUAGAAUCAAACAAAUUUAUUCAGCAGUUUCCGAAACAAAAAGUGUAUUUGAAAACAGGAGGAUAUGCUUCACUUUUUCACGGUACAAAGUUGAAACUCCGAUGUGCAUAUCCUUCUAAAAAUAGUUUUCCUGUAGAAUGGUACAAGGACAAAAAUAAAAUCCAGUUAAGUCAUAAGUACAGCAUCACUUCAAGUGGUAAACUAAAAGUAAGGCACUUAGUGAAAGAAGAUAGUGGUAGAUACACCUGUAUAGUUGGACCCAUCAAAAGUGACAUCUUUAUUUCCGUCAAACAUUCUUCUCCAAAAUACGGAUUAUCGCGUGAAGCAGAAGAUAGAUACAUUUCGAAGAUGAAAGAAGACAGCUACAGUCAUGAAAACAGCGAUCAUGCUUCAGCUGGCAAAGCUCAUCCCAAUCACGCCAAUUUUGCUAACCGUCCAAAUGUACAAAAACCUGGAAUGAAAUCAUUCUUUGGACAAGAUAGUCAGGAGAGAUCUAAAAACCGGCAGCAGGGAAAAUUUCGAACAAAGUCACAAAAAUAUCCCUCCUAUUCGUCGUCCACAGAGGAUAAACACUAUCCCAAAAUAUUCGAUACUUGGGAAUAUCAGAACGGGGGUGCUCUUUUUUCCGACCAGGAAAGUGAUGGAAUCAAUCCUGGUUCCCCUCCCGGUGGCUACGGGAUUCUCGAUGUCCCUCAAGAUGAGAACGAAGACCAGCUUCACUCAGGAGCAGCCAGCACUUACUCUUUGCCACAUCUCAGACAGUUAUUAAUUAACCUAAGAGAGACCUUGGGAGGCAGUUCGAUAUUAGAAUCCAUUGAUGACUCUAGGGAGGAGUCGUCAACACAAGAAAAGGACAGUCCAGUCGGUCCUUUAGCUAACAGUAUUUUUCUUGGAAAUGGAAAUCCAGAAAACUUGAAAUUUGACUGGGAUGUAACCGAAUGGUCACUAUGUUCACACAGCUGUGGAGGAAAUGGUUAUCAGGUUAGGGCAAGUCAGUGCAUUGUUCGACUUAACAACAUAUCUAGAACUGUUGAAAACAACAUCUGCGAUGAUGCAGGACUUGAUCCUCCAUUGACAAUCCAGAAGUGCGGGCUGGACAAAUGUCCACACUGGGAAACUGGACAGUGGUCAGAGGUAGAGGAGGAAAGCUUCUUCAGUGGGGAAACUACAACUCAAAUCUGUGGCAAGGCAGAGUGCUCAGAAAACACCUGUUUUGAACGGAAUACUGCUUAUCAAGAAAGGAAGCUUCAUUGUCGACUUCUUAAUGGUACCGAAGUUGAUGUUCAUCAUUGUAAAGACAAGACAAGACCGAGGCGUAGGAGAGAGUGUUAUAAUGAUCAGUGUAAAGGUGUUUGGAAAGUUGGAGAGUGGUCUGAGUGUACAGUAACUUGCGGAGACGACGGUUUUAGAACUCGAAUACUUCAGUGUGUUUGGUUUGGUACAAAAGAAGCUGCUGGAGAUGCUUGUCGUGAACAGCCCCGCCCUUCUGUGAUACAGAAGUGUACAAGACCUCCUUGUACUUUAGAUGAAUGCCCUCGAAAACGCAGACGGGUCAGAUCUGAACCAAGGGACAUAGAAGACAGAUUGGAAUCGCUGAUCACAAGAGUAGGAGAAAAGAGUACAUCUUCUCUUGAAAGCAACUUAGAAGGUCUUGCUGGAGUGUUGGAGGCUGACCUACCAAGUUAUAGAUCAAAGAUCUUGAGAAUUCUCUCUGACUGUGUUACCAGAAUGCCAGAGAAGACAACAAUCUAUACAACACUAGUGGGCUUAUUAAAUGCUCGUAAUUACAACUUUGGUGGUGAAUUUGUGGAACUUUUGGUGAAGAACUUCAAGGAAUAUCUGAAAAACUGUCAAUUUGAUGAAGCAAGGUCAACUCUUCGUUUUCUUGCUGAUUUAGUCAACUGUAACGUCAUAUCAAUUGGCUCGUUAAUGAAUCUUAUUGAAUCCAUGGUAGAAGUAACACAGGAAGACAGUAUACCUCAGGUUCGAUCUGACUGGUUUGUGUAUGCUGUGCUAAGUUGUCUGCCAUGGGUUGGAAGAGAAUUAUAUGAAAAGAAGGACAUAGAACUGGAUGGACUGAUGAGAAAAAUUGAGACCUAUGUCAGUAAACGACAAAAAGUUCACCAUUCGGCACUCAGAGUAUGGCAGUCUGACAUACCCCACCCCCAAGAAGAGUACUUAGACUGUUUGUGGGCCCAGAUUGUCAAGCUUCAAGGUGAUAAGUGGAUUGAAAGACACAUCAUUCGACCUUACUUAGCCUUUGAUGGUGUUCUUUGUGAAGCUCUACAACAUAAUAUUCCUCAGCUUACAAUUCCACCUCACCAUGAUGAGUGCACUUACCCAUUUCCUUUUGUUGUGUUCAGAUUCUUUGAUUAUACGGACUGUCCUGAGGGUCCAAUAUUGCCUGGUGCCCACUCCAUAGAACGCUUUUUGAUUGAGGAACAUCUUCAUAGAAUAAUUGAUCAAAACUAUGAAGACAGAAAAGCCUGUGCAGGUGCUCUUCUGAGUUUUCCUGGGAAACAUAAGCUUCCCAUUGAAUACAUGAUUACUGAGGUGAUCUUCUCUCAACUUUUUACCUUACCAGUCCCCAAGUAUUUAGAGAUCUUUCAUGGAUCAUUGAUACUGGAACUUUGCAGAGUUCAGCCAAGCACCAUGCCUCAAGCUCUUGCCCAAGCUGUAGAGAUGUUGUAUGACAGGCUUGACACCAUGAAUGUAGACUGUAUUGACAGGUUUGCAAGCUGGUUUGCCUACCAUUUGAAUAAUUUUCAGUUCCGUUGGAGUUGGGAUGAUUGGAAACCUGCAGCUAACUUGGACCCUUUACACCCAAAAACGAAGUUCAUGCAAAAUGCUCUUCAAAAGUGCUUAAGGCUUUCCUAUCAGCAGAGGUUGGUUGAAUUGUUGCCAGAAGAACUUUCCCAUGUGAUCCCCAAGCUACCAACUCCUUACUACAAGUACAGUUCUGAAGGAGCAGGUUCACUCCCAGGAACAAUGGUAGCUCACCAACUGGCAUCGGCUAUAAAGGAAAAGUGUACACCUGAAGAAGCCCUAUUGUUAAUCAAAGAUCUGCCCAAUCCACUGCAUGAUGAUGAUGUUGAACCCACUCAUAAUCCUCUGAAGAUCGAAGUGUUUGUCCAAACACUUUUAAACUUAGCCAGCAAGUCAUUUUCCCAUUGUUUUGCUGCUAUUGCCAAGUUUCACUAUGUGUUCAGAAUGCUAGCUUCAUCUGAAGAAGCCCAAAUCUGCAUCUUGAGAAGCAUGUUUGAACUAUGGAAAAAUCAUCAGCAGAUGAUGUGUGUAUUCAUAGACAAGUUACUUAAGACUCAAAUCCUCGAGUGUUCUGCUGUGGCUAACUGGGUUUUUUCUAAAGAAAUGGCUCCAGAAUUCACAAAGGGCUAUGUGUGGGAGAUACUUCAUUUGACUAUCAAAAAGAUGAUUCGACAUGUAGAGAAAAUGCAGACAGAAUUAAGUGAAGCACGAGUUAGGCUACAGAAGGCUGAAGAAGAUGACGAAGAUAGUGGUGAUGAUAGUGAUAAAGACAUCCCAACUGAAGAAAUGAUAGAACGUAAAGAAGAACGCUAUGACACAGCUCAGAGUGACUUAAAAAACCUUUUCCUCAUUAUUUUUCAGAGAUUCAUAAUGAUACUAACUGAACACAUAGCCCAAUGUGAAGCUGAAGGUAAGAACUUCAAAAAUUUUUGGUUCAAGUGGACUACAGGAAGACUUCUUUCAGUCUUUUUUCAGCAUCAUGAACAAGUCUUCAAGUACAUAGGGACUCUAGAAUCCCUUCUCUUUACAAGUGAUAUUGACCAAAACAUCUUGAGUAUUUUUCAACAGUUUUGUGCUCUGAAGUCCUAAACCCAUCGAGGGACUGUUGAUUUGUUUUUGUUAUUCAGAACUCUUUCUUUAUUCUUUAAUUAGAUUGAAAGUCAGUAGUAUUUUGAACUACAUUUAUUGGUAUAUCACUAUUAUUUUCAAGAAAUAUGAUAUGGAUGCUUAUCCUUAAAAUCACAUUCUGGCAGGUACAAUCUUUUUUUCUUUCUUUUCUUUUUUCCCUGCAAUUUAUUGUUUUCUCUAUUUUGUCCAAAAAAGAAAUUUGUUUCCAACUACUUUAUCUUUGAGAGUAAAUAAAAUGUUUUUUAUUCAUUUACUGUUAUUUUAUUCUCAACAAACAAGAUAAAAUACUGUAUUAAAUUAAAACUGUAAAAAUACAUUUAGUUGGUUAAUUGCUAAAGUGAUUGGAUUCCUAACAUGACUUUUUUGCUUAAGGACAUUACUCUCUUGUAUUUCCUGCAGUAAAAUAAAAAAAAUAGUAUUAAUAUUGUAAUGCUGACCAUUGAUAUUCAAGCUGUUUAAUAAAAAAGUGUACAAAAAUACAAAAUA